AUGUUAUUAGAAACAGCAGGGCUUCAAUGUGUUCAACGUUUAAAUAAAACAUUAAAUAAACAUUUUGAAAAACGACCAGAAGAUAAAAUAAAAUUUGAAACAUAUAAUAUUGAAAAUCUUGAUAACUUUAAUAUAGUUGAAUUAUUUUUUAUAAAACUUCUUCAUAUACCUAAUUAUAAUUUUAAAUUAAAAUGUUAUCAAUAUCGUGAUGAAUUACAAUCACAAUUAAAUUUAUUAAGUCAAUCAAUUGAUCGUUUUAUUCAUGGUAUUGAAUUAAUUUUAAAUCAUGAAUAUUUACCUUGUGUAUUUCAACUUUUAUGUUAUUUAUAUAAUAUUGUAUCAAAUAAAUGUGUACCUGGUCUUGAUUUAAUAUCAUUAGUUGAUGCUCUAAAUUCACCAACAAAUCGAUUAAAUAAAACUGUAGCACAUGUUCUAGCUGAAAUUCUUAAUAAAUAUUAUUCAAAUUAUUUAAUAAAUAUAAUUAAUGAUAAAACAUUACUUGAAUUAAAAAAAUUUAUUUCAAUAAAAUAUGAAAAACUUUAUAUAGAAAUACAUGAAAUUUAUCAACAAUAUCAACAACUUGAAUAUGAAUGUAUAAAUAUUAAAAAUCAGUAUGAAUUACCAUUAUUUAUUUCAUCAAUGUUUUUAGAAACAAAAAAACAAUUUGAAAAAUUAUUUCAACAAGAAAUUCUUAUAAAAAAAGGUGAACAAGAUUUAGCGAAAUAUUUUUGUUCAAAUGAUUUAACGAUUGAUAUUUGUUUAUCAACUGUUGGUCAAUUUGUUGAUAAACUUCGUCUUGCAUACAUUGAUAAUACGAAAGAACAAAAACAAAAAGUUUCAAUAAUCAAUCAUGAACUUAAACAUUCCGUAUUCUUAUCAAUAAAAAAACCAUCUUCGUUUUUAUCAUGUGUUUAA